CUUUGCACACGUCCAGAGCCAUACAUUCGCUGUCGGCAUAUGGAGGGAUUCCGCAGCUGCGGUGCAGGUUCUCCGCUGUCAUUCUGUGGAGCACUCAGCUGUUUGAAACAUGACUGCCUUCAAUUUAACGAUUUAGCACCGAGAAUAUAAUCAGGAGACGCAUAAACGUCAGGAACCCAAUCAGAUCGAUUCGAUUGUCUGUCGCUGUUUACUCGACCAUUAACGGCACUCUGACAGCGCAGUAUCACCGCCAACAGUCGCAGUAAUACACGGACAGGUAUGUCUGCGUCCGCCGCGCGAGACGCCGUCGUUAAAAAGAAGCACGUUCGUUUCGCCAGCAUGGAGGACGACGACGACAACGACGAGCAGGAAGAAGACACCCUGUUCGACAAGAGGAAGGACACCGGGAGAGGGCUGAAGAGUGCGCUCAAAGCAGUCAAGAGGACGAAGAAACCGGGAUGCGACGACCGGGUGGAAGUGGUCGGCGGAGGAAGGGGCGGUUAUGGGACGUGCGGCCGCUGGAUGGUCACCCUCGCUCUCUGUGCAUCUUUCCUGGGCUUGGGGAUGAGUAUCUCCGUUCUUGGCCCCACAUUCGAGGACCUGGCUGUGAAUGUGAAGAAAAACAUCAGCAACAUUUCCUACAUCUUUGUUGGCCGCUCUGGCGGCUACAUUGGCGGUUCCCUCUUAGGAGGCAUUCUCUUCGACUGCAUGAACCCCCAUCUCCUGCUAGGGAUUUCCAUGCUGUUCACAGCGUUUGGAAUGUGUGCGAUCCCUUUUUGUAAGCAGGCUCUGCUCCUCACUGCGUUCAUGUCCAGCAUUGGGAUGUCAAUGGGUGUUCUGGACACUGGUGGUAAUGUUCUCAUACUGAACACAUGGGGCGAGCAGGCAGGCCCUCACAUGCAGGCCCUGCACUUCAGCUUCGCAGCAGGGGCCUUUGUGUCUCCCAUCAUCGCCAAGCUGCUGUUUGGGCCCGAUGGGAACUGCAGCGCAGGAAUCGUACCUACAAACGCUACACCUGCCGUCGCCGCAGAGCAAAUCACCAAAGCCCCUGAUGCUCACGCAGUCGUCAGCUACGUCCGCAGCAGGAGCAGCACUCUCAAAUCCAUGUGGGCCUACGUCGUGAUCGGGUGUUUCAUCUUUCUCAUCUCCUUCGUCUUCUUCAUCCUCUACUCUCGCAGCAGCACUUCACGUGACAAAGCCCGCGCAUCGUCGGGGAAGCCCCUGGUGGCCAAACAUCACAUAGCUCUUGUUGUCCUGCUCUUCUUCUUCUUCUUUGCUUACGUGGGUGCUGAGGUGGCGUACGGCUCCUUCAUCUACACCUUUGCGAAGGAUUACGCCCACAUGCAUUCGUCCCAGGCAGCUGGGCUCAACUCGUUGUUCUGGGCGGCGUUUGCUGCCUGCAGGGGGUUGGCUAUCUUCUUUGCAGCCUGCAUGUACCCGGGUACCAUGAUCCUGCUCAGCCUGGUGGGCUCCACUGUGUCCUCUCUGCUGCUCUGUCUCUUCAGUAGGGAGAAGGUUGCACUGUGGGUUUGCACCGGUCUGUAUGGGGCAUCCAUGGCCACCACCUUCCCCAGUGGCAUCUCCUGGGUGGAGCAGUACACCACAGUGACGGGCCACACGGCGGCAGCCUUUGUGGUGGGCGCAGCGCUGGGUGAGAUGGUGCUGCCUGCUCUUGUAGGCUUCCUGUUAGGGAAGUUCCCCGACCACCCCCUGCUUAUGUACCUGUCGCUCAUCACCGCCACCUUCACUUCAAUCAUCUUCCCAGUUAUGUACAAGCUGGCCUCGGCGCCCAGCGACCAGAGCAGGAAACCCCACGUCAGGGGCCGGCCUGACACCGAUGACAGCGAAUACCGUCAGGCGCUGCUCGACUCGGGAGCAAACGAGGAGGAGGAGGAGGAGGAGGAAGAGCAGGACAACGAGGCUGAUCAGUGGAACGACGCUGACUUUGAGGUGAUUGAAAUGGACGACACAGCAAGUCUCGUCAUUUCACCCAGCAAGGCUUCCUCUCCUCCUGACAUCACUGGCCUAACGGGCAGCUCCGCAGCCUCCAACGCCCAGGUGACGGAGCCUGCGGGUGGAGCGUCUUUCACAGACACCAUCUCCCUGGUAGGAGACUCUCCCAGACGCAAACUACUGCUUUCUCUGGACAGAGAGAAGAGGGACUGAAAGCUCCUCCUGUAACUUGUAAGUGCUGUUGAUCUUUCACCUAACACCCCGAGAGCCAUGCCUCUACAUGUCUGUGCCCAUUUGUUUUCCUGAACACUUCCACAUUUAUGAGCAGCUGAUGAUUUAAUGCGCAGUGAAUGCAAUCCUGACUACCGACCGAAACCUGUGCAGCUUAUUGACCGCUCUUACAGUACACUGACUCGUCAGCGUCUUUUGAACCCUUCCUGAAUGAUGAAGGAUCAGAUUCUGAACUGUGCUCAUCACUGAUUCUGUGUGAAGAGUCUGUGUUGGCCCACUCCACUCCACAAUGAGGUCAAAGGUCAGGAUAAGCCAGAGAAAUCCUAUGGCUGGUAGAAUUCAGUGCCUUGCUUGAGGACACGUGAGCAGAGUGAAUGAGUUGAACGCCCUCCUCCUCCUCAUGCCACCCUGCUGCCAAAAACGGAUGUUUUAAUAUGUAAUUUAAUUUUGCACUAUUGAUAAGUUUAUCAACAGCAGGAAAUGUGUGAGAUAAUAGUUGUAAGGUUUGAAGUGUGAAGUUUGUUUUUUUUUGUUGUACUUUUGUAAAGAUGAGAUUUGAUUUCUUUUUGUCAUGUUCUGUAUUGUGUCAUGUGGCUUGCAGUUCUUUAAAUCACAUGUCGCCGUGA